CAGAAAUAUUUUUUUCUUGAAAUAAAGUAACAAAUUAUAGCGGAAUUUUAAAACAAAUGCAUUUAAAAUAAAAUUUAAGUUGGGUUGAUGAAGAUUCACAUUUAGUCCUUGUGAUGCAGAGCUACAUACAUCUCGGAGCAAAGAAUAUUUUAUUUACGCCAUUUUUGAUCCAUGCUGUUUUAAUACAAAUCGUUGAUACUUGUCCUCCUGCUGUCAUGGGCAAAGAGUACAUCUUCCAAGCGACAUUCGUGCAUGAAAUGGAAGAGCCUUUAGAGGUGGUGUGGCUGAGAAGUAAAACUCCAAUUUCAAUGUGUAAGCCUAACAUGGCCUGCUUUGAUUACUCGGAUGUCAAAACCUCUACGUCCAUUGUAUAUCUUAAAGACCACCUGGUUCAGUGCAGUCUGACCUUACGAAAUGUGACAAGAAUAGAAGAAUCUAAUUGGUCACUGAAGUACCUAGGGCUGGCUAGUUUAAAAAGAAUACAACCAUUAUUUACGUGUGCUUUGAAAACUUUUGAGCUGUCAGCCUUAACUUUAGUCAACUGUACAGACAAAUUGGAAGAAGGUGAUAUGUUAUACUGUAUGUGUAUUAGCAAUAACGAGACAGGGGUAGAGGUUGACUAUUCUUGGUUCGACAAGAAUGGAUUAAUUCUCAGCAAUGGUUCACACUUACUGUCACUAGUAGCAACAAGAAAUAACGCAGGCUUUGAAUGUAGAGGCAGAACUAUUACAGGAGAGAGGACGAUACCUUUAAAAUACGAUCCGUUAAUAUUUGAAAAACCUGACACUAUAGAUUGCGCGUUAAAUCAGAACAAAAAUAACAUGACCAUGGGCUGCAAAGUUGAGAAUGUGUUUCCGGCCGCUAAAUGUGAGUUUGCUGUUGAAGGACAUGUGCUUUUUUUGAGUCAAAGUCAAGACGAUGUUAUAUAUGAACAUCAAGCAAGCUAUAGCAGGCCGUUAUUUUACAACACACAUUGCUUUUUUGACUUGUCCGAACUUUUACCAGUUGGUCUUUAUAAUGUUGCUGUUGCUGCCUAUCCCAAUGUGUCAGGAAGUUACGAAGACAGAAGAUAUUCGAUUACUACAAGCAUACUGGUUCAUAGAACUAACGAAAUAAAACAGGAACAAUUAAAAGACAUGCUUAUAAUUUAUUCUUACAUUCUGGUCUGUUUUCUUUGCAUUAUUCUGAUGGGAGUUUUUAUUAAACAACGUAAAUCGAAAUUCUAUUACAAAUGCUUCAUUGCCAACAGGCCAACUUUUUCUGGCAGUUUAAAUGACGCAGCAAACCAAAAACUAUUUCAAAUUGAGGAACAUGAGUCAAAAGAUUUAAUUGAAGAUCUUGAAAUUAAAAAGAAAAUAAUAAAUGUAUAAGCCGAAAUAUA